GGGUUGGUAUUACCCUUUUUAGAAUAUUACAUUCUGGAUUUAUUUUUACUUAUUAAUUUAUCUUUCCACACACAUCAACCUAUACAUUUUACUUCCUAAUCCGCAAUUGGGCGGCUAUUCUUUCCUCAACUCAUCCCACGAUGUGUGUGAGAGGGGGGGGAGAAAGAAAAGGAAUUGUGGAUUGUUGUUCUGGAGCUCUUCGUCGUGUGCCGCAUGAAGAGGCAGCGAGUCACCGACUGCGAUGAAUUCUUCACUACGCUCAGGGACUUUCGUACCGGUGUGGGAGUAUGGCAGUCUCGGUAUCGACCGCAUAUGAGUAUCAUAAUAGUGGUAUGACUACUAUUAUUCAUAAAGGAGGCCCUAAUUCAAUGUUUUUCCUCAUAACUAAACAUUACCAAUUAGAAACAGAAAAAUUGUUAUCAUAAAGAGGUCAGAUGAAGUGAGCUAAGAAGCAUUGCUAGCAUGUGUAUAAAUCAAGUAAGGUGUUACUGAAAAGUUUUUUAAUCACUUUUCAUUCAUUUUUCCUACCGAUCAUAACGUGAAAACAUACUGGUUAACUUUGUUUAUUUCUACUGAACCUUUUAGAAUAAGUUAGGAAAGCGAAGCGUGAUAUGGUUUCGUCAAUUAUUUUUUAGAUGAAUAAUUUCAGCACAGAAAUUGAACUAACAAUAUACAAACGUGUAAAUACUGGUUUGUAAUAAUAAUAGUAAUAAUAGACUCAAUAAAUUAAACUUAUAAUUUAAAAAGUAAAGAACAAGAGUACAUUUUGAAAUAAUUUCUCCAUAUUUUCUUUCACUAUUACUGGUAUUAUUGUUAUUGCUGUUUUAAUGCGAGACAAGUUUUGAUAGCGUGCUUAUUAUUUACCAUUAAAACUAUUUUCCUUAUUUGUUCUAUACUUUACUGUAUCUCUUUUCCAUUUUCGGCGUUUCUUUUGUUCAUAUCCUUAUUUUCAUGGAAUCUCGUUUUUUUCAUAGCCGUUUUCAGGAUGUGAAAUGAAUAAUAAUAUACCUUUUUCCUCACGUAAAAAAAAAGUAGUGCAAAACAGUUGUAUGAUAUAAUUAGCAUUGUCUCCCCUUUUGUUUUGCAUAAUUUUCAAAGCUUACUCCUCUCCUAGGCGUCUGCAAUUGUUAUUGUGCGAAAUUACUACAUAAAUUAGUAAGUAAAUUAUGAGUAUAGAAGUUCACGUGCGUGUCAGACCUGAGGUGGGAAAUAGCGUAUGGUCUAGCGCCGAGACGGUGCUUUACAGCACGAACAACCCCAAUACACGCUAUGUGUAUAAUAAGGUCCACCCUAACACCAGCACCAAUCACACCAUUUUUCAGAGUAUUGAGGCUAUUAUUCAUGCGGCUUUUAACGGCAAAAACGUUACAGUAAUGGCGUAUGGCCAAACAGGUAGUGGAAAGACCCAUAGUAUGAUUGGUUUAGACUCCGACGCGGGUAUCGUGCCGCGCGCAGCAAAGCUCUUGAUUGAGCUCAAGAAAUCCUCUCCAGGGACCUCGCUGGAGGCGUACUACACUGAAAUAUAUAAUGAAUCCGUCAAAGAUUUGCUAGAACCACAGCGAGGAGAGUUAGUUUUGCAUGACGCCCCCGACGGAGGGGUUACAUUCGACAAGCGAACAGUUUCGAUCGACACCUUUGAAGACUUUCUACGUGUUCAGGCGGUAUCUGAGAAAAACCGUAAAUAUGGUGUAACUAACCUCAACAGUCAUAGCAGUCGUUCACAUAUUAUUCUUACUUUUGAAAUUUACCGCUCGAAUCGUACGGUGAAGAGUUUGAUUAAUCUUGUUGAUCUAGCCGGUUCGGAAUCCGCAUCGCGUGCGAACACAGGAGGAAUGUCCUUACGCGAGGGUGGUUUCAUCAACCGGAGUUUGCUAACCCUAGGCAAUGUCGUUGAUGCGAUAGUGGAAAAACGACCUUACAUUCCCUACCGUGAUGCCAAACUCACCCGCAUCCUGCGCACUUGCCUAGGCGGUUUCGGCAUCACCUUCAUCCUGUGUUGUAUCAACCCCUCGCGGGAAAACUUCGAGCAAACCCUGACAACCCUCCGUCUCACCCAACGCGCGAUGCGGAUCAAAAAUGACCCGUUGGUGCUGCUCCCCCUUCCCCCUCUCUUUACCCAUCAGUACAGCAAAGCCGCCCAUGGCCUUGUGGAAGGCCUGACGGCCUCCUCCCAGGCGGAGUACCAGCGCGGGUUGCGCGAUGCCUUUAUGUACGCCAGCCCCACCCUCACCACCGUCGUCGCCCACCACCGCGCCCAGGUCGCCGACCCCCUCGAGGUCUUCGUGAACCUUCAGCGGCUUCUCCUCGCCCACGACCACGCCUUGGGGAUCGACCAAAUCGGCCGCCGUUAUAACCAGUUGAACGACCUACGGCGGGGCCGGCUGCAGAACCAAGAGCUCGCCGAGAGCGAGCGGAAACGACAGCGCGAGGUGGAGAUGCAGCUGGGCACGCGCCAAACCAAGAUGCGGAAACUAGAGGAGGAGAAGGCGGAGAAGGCCUCCAUCGCCGAUACGGAGCUCGCCGGCUGGGAAUACCUCCUCCACGAGGCCCACCAACGGCAGGUGAGUAAGUGGGAGGUCCUGCGGCUCACCGAGAGGGUCGCGCGAGAUCGGUUGAGGUACGACUGGGCGGUCGGCGCCGGACGCAUCGCCGCGCGCUACGUCUCGAAACUGAGCGGUUUGACGACGACGGUGGUGGGGACGAGCGCGGAGGGCCCGGUGAACGGCUCCCGCGCGAGCUUCCUACGUCGUAUGCAGGAGCGUCUUCAGCAGGCCAAGGCCCAGCUCGCGGAUCUCGAGGUCGCACACGAGAUGGUGCGCGAGGACGUCGAGCUCGCGCGCCGUGGGCCCGCCCUGUCAUCUCCACCUCCUCUUCCGACAGCGACUCGCGGUAGUUCGCCCUCCCCGCCUCCGCGGCCGCCUUUACAGGAGGACGAGGUGGAUAUCGAAGCUCGCAUUCGCGCCCUGGAGGCCGAGGAGCGCGCGCUCAAAACGCGAAUGCGGCUGGCGGCUCGCCAGGAGAGUCUUCGACAGGUGCGCGCGAGCCUUUGUGGGGCUUCGGCCGCGGCGACACCAGUUGGAAAGCGCACGGCCGCGGCGGACGUCGUGCAAAUCGACGAGGCGGAGGAAAGUGACACGAAGAGUCCAAUUUGCGGGACGACGAGAGGGGUUCGUCGUGGGCGCCUGGCCAGCGCGGGCGUUGGUGAGGGCCGCUCACGCGACGUCUACGCGCACGGCGUGCGAAACGCGCUGACGGUGCUGGACAGCCUUAAGACGAGGCUUGUUCGGGAUCGGGCGAAACCCCACGUCGGGAAGGGGGGGCGUCGUGGUGGAGUCUCGCACACGCCCAACAGCAGCUCCAGCAUUACCCCUUCCUCUACCCUACCGCUUUCGCACAGCGAAAAUAAAGGACAGCGACGGAAAGCUGGUAAAGGCGAGGAGCCGGAGCUGACCUUGUUUGAGCUAUACCAGAGGAAAGAAAGAGAGUGGGGGGUGCAUCGGUCUAGCGUGAAGGGAAAAAGCAACAAAGAGGACGACGGGCGUGGUGGUAGUGGGCAGCUGCUCUACCACUUGCCCAUACACCGGCACCGCAACAGUGCGGUGGAGUUAAAGGGCGAUGGGGCCUCGCGACCUGACCUUGCGUUCAAUUCGGUAGAAGAAGAGGGAAAUCGUGUAGUGGAGGGGAGAAGUGAACCGCCGGUAGUUGGGAUUGCAGCUCGCCGGCGGUCAGAUCACCGGGCGGCGUCUUCUCGCGUAGUGGUGGAGCGCGCCUUGUACACAGUGUGCUCGAACUCAACAUCUCCGUCAAUGGAGCGCCGUAGUCGUACUCGGCGUGGUGGAAAAUAA